CUCUCUCUAUCAACAACACUCACGAUACCCCAUUCUCACGCUCUCAUCCUCAACUGCACACCCACGUCCCAGACAACAAAGCAUCAGAUCUCCAACCCGAUCCCACGAAACACAGACACCCCCCGAACCUCUCCCCCGAGAAAUACACCGGCCGUCCGUCAGAAACCCAGGCACCACCACCACACCCAUCAUCCACAAUGGCCUCCUCCUCAACAUCCACGCCUCUCCUCUACGCCUGUAUAGCCCACAACACGACCAUCCUAACCGAACACACCACCUCCGCCUCCUCAGCCAGCUCCUCCCUCCCGUCGCUCAUCCUCCCCAAGAUCAGCCACACCUCCCCCCAGAAACUCACCUACACCCACGGCGACCACUACAUCCACUACAUCGCAUCCGCGCCCUCUGAGCACCCGUCUUCCCAGUCCUCCGCCGGCGGCCUCACCUUCCUGACCGUCGCGGACGCCUCGCUCGGCCGCCGCAUCCCCUUCGGCUUCCUCGUGACGCUGCAGAAGAAGUUCCUCGAGGAGUACGACCCCGCGACUACGGACUUCGCCGCGCUGCCGAGUUAUGGCGCCGCGAGCUUUAAUGCGCGGAUGAAGGCGCUGAUGGUGGAGCAGGGGGGCACGGAGGCGGGCCAGAAGGACGCGCUGAGGACGGCGCAGAGGGAGAUCGAGGGCGUGAGGGAGAUUAUGACGGAGAAUAUUGAGAGGGUGCUUGAGAGGGGGGAGAGGAUCGAUUUGCUGGUUGAUAAGACGGAUCGGUUGGGGAGCAAUGCGAGGGACUUUAGGGUGAGGAGUCGUGGGCUUAGGAGGAGGAUGUGGUGGAAGAAUGUUAAGCUUAUGGUGCUGUUGGCGCUCGUGGUUAUCUUCUUGGUCUAUCUGUUCGUCGGGUUUGGAUGCGGGCUGCCCGGCUGGAGCAGGUGCUUGCGCCAUUGAGUUCUUUGGCACUCGCCAGUCCUUGUUUCUGAGCCAUGCUUCAAGAGCACAUCAAGCAAGCAGUACGAUGUUUUGAAGUGGAGAGGUCACGAUUGUUCUGAUUGAUUCCUCACAUGUGUAAUAAUAGGCAGCGAUUCAUACUCGUAGUAAGCAACAACAUAUCAAGGCGUCUGGAGUAUAUAUUUAAACCAGAGGCCCGAACAUGCAUAUGCACAUGUC